AUGAGUGGCGAUGGUGAUGGUCCAAAGGCGCAGGAGGGUGAGUUGUUUGUGGCGGUGGCCGUGAAGGGUAUUAUCGGAGAUAAAUUGGGCGGUGGUGGAAGCCGCCGCGCCGUACGGUGGGCCGUCGAUAACCUCUUACCUAAGGCUGAUCGGUUUAUGAUGAUCCACGUCAUCUCCACCAUUACUACUAUCCCUACCCCUACCGGAGGCAGAUUACCGGUGGAGGAGGUGGAGGAGAGACUGGUGGAAAUGUAUGUGAGAGAAGUGAAACAAGAAUAUGAAAAAGUCUUUGUUCCCUUCUUGAAAAUGUGCAAGAGACGUAGUCGUACCAAGGUCGAAACUUUGUUGCUAGAGCAUGAUGAUCCUGCAAAAGCGCUUCUGCGAUUCAUCUUCAAAUCAGGAGUUAACAGUUUGGUUAUGGGAUCAUUCACGCCAAACGUAUUCACACGGAUGACAAAAGGCCCAGGAGUACCGUUGACUGUCUUAAGAUACGCUCCAGAAACAUGUGAAGUCUACAUUGUGUGCAAAGACAGGAUCACUACAAAAUCUAUGGAUCCAUUAAUCAACGCAGGGCCGUCCACAGGACCACAAGCAUCUGCUUCCGCCCGCGGUUACCUGAAAGACAGGCCAGCUAGAUUCCAAACUGUACAGUCUCAAAAGUUGUCUACUGAUCGAGAACACAUAGAGCCAGGGACGACAAGGAGAUCAGUAUCGGCUAAAGAGCUGAGAUCAGACGCAUUAAGUCUCGCUUAUAGUCAACUCAAAACACCUCAAAUUAGUAGGGCUCCUAGUGCAAAAGCUUCAGAGAUUGUAAGACGGCGUGGAGCAUCAGAUAUUCCACAACAAAACUACUUGUGUUAUGAUCAAACAACCCAACCUCAAUCGAAUCUUGGGAACAUCGUUGAAGAGCAAAGAGGUCCUGAUUCGCCACCUGCAACAUCUAAAAAAGCUAAGAAGGUUGACAUUGAAGCAGAAGUCAAGCGUCUGAAAAAAGAGUUAGAAAAUACGGUCGUUAAAUACAAACAAACUUGUGAAGAGCUAACUUCCACCAAAAACAAGGUUCAGGUGCUAUCUUUAGAAUGUUCAGCCGACGCUAGAAGAGUGAACAGUGCUGUAGAGAAAGAAGAGUUGCAGAGAAAAACAGCAGCGCUGGAGAAAGAGCGAUACGUGAAGGCUGUUAAAGAGGUAGAAACAGCGAAAGCGUUGCUUGCGAGGGAGUUUUGUCAGCGACAAAUCGCGCAGGUAAAUGCUUUAAGGACUUACUUAGAGAAGAAGAAAGUGAUCGAUCAGCUUUUAGGAACCGAUCAACGGUACAGGAAAUACACAAUCGAAGAGAUUUUCACAGCCACUGAAGGAUUCUCCCCAGAGAAAGUGAUCGGAGAAGGAGGAUACGGAAAAGUUUAUCAGUGUAGUCUUGAUAGUACUCCGGCAGCUGUUAAGGUUGUUCGCCUAGAUACGCCAGAGAAGAAACAAGAGUUCUUGAAAGAGGUUGAGGUCCUAAGCCAGCUCCGACACCCACACCUGGUUCUUCUCCUUGGAGCUUGUCCGGAGAAUGGUUGUCUGGUUUACGAGUAUUUGGAAAAUGGAAGCCUCGAGGAAUAUAUAUUUCACCAAAAAAAUAAACCGCCUCUGCCUUGGUUUAUCCGGUUUAGGGUGAUUUUCGAGGUAGCUUGCGGUUUAGCCUUCUUACAUAGCUCCAAACCGGAACCAAUUGUACACCGUGACCUAAAACCGGGAAACAUCUUGUUAAACCGGAACUACGUGAGCAAAAUUGCAGACGUCGGUUUAGCUAAGCUGGUUACGGAUGUUGCACCAGAUAAUGUCACAACGUAUCGACACUCUGUUCUUGCUGGAACAUUGCAUUACAUUGACCCGGAGUACCAUCGAACCGGAACGAUUAGACCAAAAUCUGAUCUCUAUGCGUUUGGGAUAAUCAUUCUUCAGUUGUUGACGGCUCGUAAGCCCAACGGACUUGUACACGCAGUUGAAAAAGCGGUACAGAAAGGAACAUUAAACGAAAUGCUUGACAAGUCUGUUACGGAUUGGCCUUUGGCAGAGACCGAGGAAUUGGCACGAAUUGGUUUGAAGUGUGCGGAGUUUCGGUGCCGAGAUAGACCAGAUCUUAAAGAAGAGGUUAUACCUGUUUUGAAAAGGGUUGUAGAGACUGCAAACUCAAAAAUAAAGAAAGAACAAAGCAACGCACGUGCACCAAGUCAUUACUUUUGUCCCAUCUUAAAAGAGCUAAUGGAAGAACCAGAGAUUGCAGCUGAUGGAUUCACCUACGAGAGGAAAGCAAUCUUAGCCUGGCUUGAGAAACACAACAUUUCACCAGUGACUCGCCAAAAGCUCGAGCACUUUAAGCUCACACCGAACAAUACACUCCGUUCUGCGAUUCGCGAUUGGAAAUUAAGAGUACAGUUUUCUAAUGCUGUUGUUGAUACAUCAUCAUGUUGAUUUCUCAUUGUGGAUUUUUCUACAACUUUUUCAUUUGGAGUUCUUAUAUUAUUUAGCUAUAUAUGCAUGUAACUAUAUGGUGGACAGAAAAAGAAACGGUUAUGCAGUUUGGUCUAUGUUUUAUAAGGUAAUAAAAACCAAAAAUAUAGUAGA